AUGGCACGCACAAUGGCAGAGGAAUACGCCCGUGGAGGCGAAUCUCAAUCUCAAUCCUCAGCCCAACCCUCCCUCGUCCCCGAACCUGAUCUUGCGGCCUCUGCAACGCCCACCCAAGCACACGAGAGGCGCUCGAAUCCUCCAGUAAUAUCAUACAGCGAUCCUUUUCGUCCCAGUUCCUUGAGUGACCCGGUUUCUUUCUCCCGCAGCUCUGAGACACAAGACAGACAGACGGAAAGAGAAGGACAACACGGAUCCCGGCUCCAAGUCCCUCGGCGUCAAGGGAUUGCGGCUCAGACGCCGCAGACUGAGCGGAUGAGUUCUGCGGUGCCUGCUUCUGCUGGGACUGACGAUGAAGGCCCUUACGCGGGACUCGUGAGGGUUGGGAGCUCGCGGCGUAGGAGGGCGCCGCUCGCGCCGACUACUGGGGACAUCGCUAGGUUGGACGAUCGCACGCUGCGGACAUUACUCGAUGAAGCCCCUGUUGUGCAGUGUCCUCAUUGUGGGAGCCAUUUCCCGUAUCUGCCUGAGGCUGCUUAG